GUGCUUGUCAGAGACCCCAGUCGUAGGUAGCAAGGAACCAGGACUCUAACCAAUGGAGAGAAAGAGGCUUGGCUAACCUUAGCCUCCCAUUUUCUCUCUCUCCCCUCAAUGCAGGGCUCUGGCCAGUCAGUCGCCUUUGAUUAUCAGUUGCCAGCAGCCCCUCUCUUGGCUCCUUGACACGAGCACCAUAUAAGGCGUAGCGAUCUCCAUAGAAACGUGUCAGUUUCAAUAGUAGUGUCAAAGUUCACUAUAUACAGACAUUCGCGCAGAUCCCCGUUUCGGAAACAUUGCUCUGCUGGUCUUCCCGUUUAAACGCAUUCAAUUUUGGGUCUCUCCUUCUUGCAUAUUCUAUUAGUUGUUGUUUUUUGUUUUUUAUCUUUUCGCCUUCGCUCCAUUGUACUGGAGAGGUGAAACUACACGGGCACUUCGGCGACGCGGUCUUUUUGCUGGUCGAAAUGAAAUGUAUUUAAGAAUAUAGAUGUAAAAUUCCGCUCUUCAGUUUUUCCUCCCCUCCAACAGCGAAGACGGGAGUAAAGGAGCAAGGAAGAAAGGAGAAGGGAAUUUAUUUCUCGCAGCACUUUGGAUCGCAUCUAUUUUAUGUUCAUUUCUACGCCCAUGUGAAUCGCUCCUGCCUCCUUUCUGGCUAUUUUAUAACGAACAGCAUUUUUUUUUGUUACGGCUGGCUCGCUUUUUCUUCAAGAUUGGGUUCCUGAAUGGCUGACUGCAAUUUACAUUGGAACUGGCCUCCCGAUACUUGCAUAUCCUGAUCGGGUGCCUAUUCUAUCGCCUCCUGUAUUCUGAAUGUAUUGAUCGUGUUCUGCUCCCUUCUUUCUCUUAUGAGAUAGUUUUUUCCGAUUUGACUUUGCACUGUUGUGUUUGAGAUAUUUUUUUUCCCCUUGCUUUAUAAAUCCCAGCGAUCCGUUCGCUUUAUAGCACUUUCCGGGCCCGAGAUAUGGCAAUGGUAGUUAGCGUCUGGCGAGAUCCGCAGGAAGACGUGGUCGGAGGACCUCCAAGCGGCCCCAAUCCAGCAACUCAGCCGGCGAGGGAGCAACAGCAGGCGGCGUCGGCAGCACCGCACACUCCGCAGACCCCAAGUCAGCCAGGACCCCCGUCAACACCAGGGACUGCUGGAGACAAGGGGAGUCAGAAUUCUGGACAGAGUGGCGCACAGCAUAUAGAAUGUGUUGUUUGCGGAGACAAAUCGAGCGGCAAGCACUAUGGUCAGUUCACCUGCGAGGGAUGCAAAAGUUUCUUCAAGAGGAGUGUCCGAAGGAACUUAACGUAUACAUGUCGUGCCAAUAGGAACUGUCCCAUUGACCAACACCACCGAAAUCAGUGCCAAUACUGUCGGCUGAAGAAAUGUUUAAAAGUGGGAAUGCGGCGGGAAGCGGUUCAGCGAGGACGAAUGCCUCCAACCCAGCCGAACCCAGGGCAGUACGGACUGACGAACGGGGACCCUCUGAACGGCCAUUGCUAUCUCUCCGGAUACAUCUCGUUAUUGCUUCGGGCUGAGCCUUACCCGACGUCCCGAUAUGGAAGCCAGUGCAUGCAGCCCAACAAUAUCAUGGGUAUUGAGAACAUAUGCGAGCUGGCAGCUCGCUUGCUCUUCAGCGCCGUGGAAUGGGCGAGGAACAUCCCUUUCUUUCCAGAUCUGCAGAUCACCGACCAGGUGUCCCUUCUCAGGCUGACGUGGAGCGAAUUGUUUGUGCUAAACGCGGCUCAGUGCUCCAUGCCUUUGCAUGUGGCCCCUCUGCUCGCCGCCGCAGGCCUCCACGCUUCUCCAAUGUCUGCGGACCGAGUCGUGGCUUUCAUGGAUCACAUUCGAAUCUUCCAGGAGCAGGUUGAGAAGCUCAAGGCCCUCCACGUUGACUCGGCAGAGUACAGCUGCAUCAAGGCGAUAGUACUCUUCACAUCAGACGCUUGCGGCCUGUCAGAUGCAGCUCACAUCGAAAGCCUGCAGGAGAAGUCUCAGUGCGCCCUGGAGGAAUACGUGAGGAGCCAGUACCCUAACCAGCCCAGCCGCUUUGGCAAGCUCUUGCUGCGGCUUCCAUCUCUCCGCACCGUCUCCUCAUCGGUAAUUGAGCAGCUGUUCUUCGUCCGCUUGGUAGGUAAAACUCCUAUUGAAACGCUCAUCAGGGAUAUGCUAUUAUCCGGGAGCAGCUUCAACUGGCCUUACAUGUCCAUCCAAUGAUCCGAAUGAGAGUGACAAAAAGAGAGAAAAAGGACCAAAAUUCAGCAUCCCGUACAAGAAGACUAUAUAUAGGACAUUUUCUGAAAAUAUUGGAAGACAUGACAUGCUUUUUUUUUGUUGUCUUUUGGGACUAAGAUCUGAGAUGGAAUACGUUAUGUACAGAAAAUAUGGAACUGGACUUACACCUGUUUAAAUCCACUCUCAUCUUCAAGAACAGUACUCUUCAUUUUGUAAAAUACUAGUCUUUAUUUUCCUUUUUUUGUAAAAAAAAACAACAACAACAAAUAAAAUGAAAAACAAGACUUAGUGUUUCCAAGCAAUUAUAAGAAAUGUCCUGUGUCUAUGUACCCCUCUGUUUUGUAUUUUUUCUGGUUCUAAACCAGCUUUUCUGUGAUUCUAUACUAAUAAUUUUUAUAUAACCUUUUGCUUCUUAUUAUGAGUGCGAUAUAUAUGUUGUCGAAGCUACGUUCUCCGAGAAUUAAAAGUUGAAGUGGGAAUUUAAAACAGAAAAAUAAAGAAAUUUAGACAAAUAAGAUACAAGUCUAAUCGCUAUGACAAUAUCACUACUGAUGGUUGAACUAUGGACCUGCAACAGCAGACCGACCUCGUGGACAUUUUGACGAGAGGACGUCUUGCUCCUGGUUAUGAGUGUUUGAGGAGUCGAUCAUCAGUCAAAGAGGAGAGACAUGAAAAUCAAAAGCACUUUUAAUAUAUCAUUUCAAAUACAUUUUCUUUGUUUAGUCUUGAAAUUUUCAUUGUUUCUUGAAUUUUAUUGGUUGUUGCCUUCAAUUUGCUUACUUCAUAAUGCAGCUUUUGCAGAAGGGUCGGUUGAUGAAGUUGUGUGAUGGUGAGUGUACUAUUAAAAAAGAAAUAGGCAACAAUG